AGAGAGAAAGAAAGAGAGGGGGAAGAAAAGAGAGACAGGGAGAAAGAUAGAAAGAAAGCGAGAAAAAAAGGAAAGAAAGGGAGAAGAAAACAAAGGAAAGUUGCUUUGCAAGGAGAAGAGUUAAUGAUAUUAGCUGAAAGAGGAGAGAGAGAAAGAGAAGGAGGGAAAAGAAAGAAAGAAAGAGGGGGAAGGACAGAACAAGAAACAGAGAGUGAGAGAGAGAGAGCAAGAGUGUGAAAAGAAAGAAAGAAAGGGAGAAGAAGAUAAAGGAAAGAGAGAGGAAGAAAAGUUGCUUUAUAAGACAGUAUAAUCAGUUUAACAGUUACUGAUAUUAGCUGAAAGAAGAAGAGGAGAGAGAGAGAGAGAGAGAGAGAGAGAGAGAGGAGAGAGAGAGAAGAGGAGGAGAAAGAGAGUGAGUGGUCAGAAAGGGGAAGUGUGCCUGUUAGGCGGAAAGCAGCAGCGGUCAGUGUGAGUGUGUGAGGGUCAGUAAUGCAGUAAUGGAGCGGGACAGAAUCAGUGCCCUGAAGAGGUCGUUUGAGGUGGAGGACGUGGACUCCUCUUCACACUCUUCCUCUCCCCAUAUCCGCCGCACGCCCUCUAAUGCUCAGCAGCGCAGUGCCAUCUCCCCGUCCACCAGCCGGCACUACGAGCUCGGCUCCAAUGGCACCAAGCCCCUCGAUAUCUCCAAACCCAAAGCUCGGACCCCUGAACCUGUGUCACGGCGUUCCGAGCUCUCCAUAGACAUCUCAUCCAACAAUAACGGCAAAGCCAUUGAUGGAUCACCCAGUGCUGGAAUCGCCCGUUUUGGCCUGAAGAGGCCCGAGGCUCUGGGCCACAGCAAGACGCCAGAGACGCAGAAACACUCCGUCACAUUCAGCAAGACGCUGGAGACCAUCGCCCCGAUCUCCCGGACACCAUCCACCGUGGUCCCGCACGCCAGCUCCAAACUCCCAGAGACUACAUUCAGGAGGAACGAGCCACCCAGCCCAGGUGACGGGUCGCGUCGGCCCGAGAUCAGUGUCACCAAGGCAACUGAGGGUAAAGGUCAGGAGAAUCAUCAUCAUACUCCAAUCACAACGAGGUGCGCCUCACCAAAUCACGCCGGACGGAAGUCACCCAGCACGGAUGGACACAGGUCAGAGGUUAUCACCAGUUUCCACGGUAACAUGGCAGAUGCAGCAAAGGCGGCGCAGCCUCAACCAGCGAAGCCCGAGAAGGGGGCAGAGUUUGGCUAUGUGGGCAUCGACGCCAUCCUGGAGCAGAUGAGGAGGAAGGCCAUGAAGCAGGGCUUCGAACUCAAUAUCAUGGUAGUGGGUCAGAGCGGUCUGGGAAAAUCUACUCUGAUCAACACUCUGUUUAAGUCUAAAGUGAGCCGCCGGUCAGUGAUGCCCAGCGACGAGGAGAGGAUCCCCAAAACCAUUGAGAUCAAAUCUGUCAGCCAUGAUAUUGAAGAAAAAGGAGUAAGAAUGAAGUUAACAGUGAUAGACACGCCAGGAUUUGGAGACCAGAUCAACAAUGAGAACUGCUGGCAGCCCAUAAUGAAGUUCAUUAAUGAACAGUAUGAACAGUACCUGCAGGAGGAGAUCAACAUCAGCAGGAAGAAGAGAAUCCCAGACACACGUGUCCACUGCUGCAUUUACUUCAUACCAGCUACAGGACACUGUCUGCGGCCGAUUGACAUCGAGUUCAUGAGGCAUCUGAGUAAAGUGGUGAACAUCGUCCCCGUCAUCGCCAAGGCAGACACGCUGACGCUGGAGGAGAGAGAUUUCUUCAAACAAAAGAUAAGGGAGGACUUGCGAGCCAAUGAGAUUGAAGUUUACCCUCAGAAGGAGUUUGAUGAGGAUGCGGAGGACAGGAUGAUCAAUGACAAAAUCAGGGAGAUGAUUCCGUUUGCUGUAGUGGGCAGUGAUCAGGAGUACCAGGUGAACGGGAAGAGGUUGCUGGGGAGGAAAACACGAUGGGGCACAGUGGAAGUUGAGAACACUGCGCACUGUGAGUUUGCCUACCUGAGGGAUCUGCUGAUCAGGACCCACAUGCAAAACCUAAAGGACAUCACCAGCAGUAUUCAUUACGAAGUGUACCGCGUGCGCAGACUCAACGAAAACAACACACACUCCAACGGUCAGCCGAAUGGCCACUCCAACGGUGUCCCUGCCCAUGAAGUCCUCUCACAUGAGAUGUAGACAUCCAUCUAUUCUUCUGUUCCUCCUGCCAUCCAUCUAUAAAUCCAUGUUUUUAUCAAAGUGGAUGUCUUUUGUUUUACAUUGUAAAAGUCGAUUUUACCUGAGUGGUAAACAGAUUUUAUUUUUAUCUGUUUACCCACCGAAUGGCCGUCUGAACCGCACUCACUCUGCUCUCUUACUCUUUUUGUUUGAGAGAGCCUCUUUAUUGACCUCCCCAGGCUCCGCCCACAAACAUGUUCCUUCGUAGCUGCUGUUGACCAAGUGUUACAGAAUGCUGGACAAAAUCCUAUUCAACCUAAUGAGAAACUGUAGAACAGACUCAGUUUAUAUCACAAUACCUACAUUUAGAGUCAGUUAUUCAUUCAGCCCAAUGAAAAAAUGUAGAACAGACUCAGUUUAUAUCACAAUAGCUACAUUUAAAGCCAGUUAUUCAUUCAACCUAAUGAGAAACUGUAGAACAGACUCACAAUACCAGUUUAUAUCACAAUACCUACUCAUAUCAAACCACUACAGUGUUUGUUUAGAGUCGUUACAUAACGUUAAGUUUGAAAUGCUACACAACCAAGCUGGACUGUUGUAGCUAAUCGAAAAUAGGAAACAGCGACAUGGUCUAGUUUAGCCACUAUGCUAAACACUAGCUAGAUUAUAAAACUAGACUGCAUCCAAGUGGCAUUCUACAGUUUCUCACCACGUUUAAUGGGAUUUUCAACAUUGUUCUGUAAAGUUUGUCAAGCCUCACUACGACAGAACACAUUUAUGUUUAGCUGCUCCCAAAGCACCAUUCAAAAGCCCAAAUACUCGGCACACAUGAUCAGCCACCAUAAGACUGAUCAGAGCUGCCUGCAAUAUGCGGUUGUAAAGGUGUUUUUAUGUUUGGAACAGUGUGGUAUGUUCUGUAAUUCUGUAAUUAGUGUUUUGUUUGUCUUAAUUUUAGCACCAUGCUUGCUGCCAAAAUCCUAAUUUUUCUUAAAGUUAAUUGGUGAAUUGAUAUAAUUUUGACUUCUUGUGUGCUUUAAUGUCCUCUCUAUUGGGCACUCGGUGAAUAUAGUGAAUAUGGUGAAUUUGAAAGGACUCGACCUAAAUAGUAGUAUUUGUUGUGUGUAGAGUGUUGAGUGGGGGAGGUAGGUGUAGUAUUUUCUGUCCUAAAUCAUUCGCUAAAUGCUUCUUCUUGCACCCUUCAUACAGAGUAAUAGAUUCAGAAAGGGAUUAGCGACAUGCACUCUUUACACACAGUGAGUAAAUGAGCAAAUUAUACAAUGUAAGUGGUAAUUUUAUGGAAACUUUUAUGUAAAUGUAAAAGAUUUUAUAGAUUUUAUUUAGCAUUUUUAGAAAGUUACAGUAUUUUCUUAUGGCAGCAAUGAUAUGAAGGGUGCAAGGUGAAAAGGAGGAAAGUAAAUUCGGGACACAGCCCAGAUUUACCUGCACUGCUCGUUACAGCACCAUGUCGCUUAGAACUGCUCCUUUACAUGCCCCAAACCUUUAAAGCCAUGAUUCAUUGCCAUCUGAUUAAAGAAAUACUUCAAGGAACACCCAAAAAUUCUAACAUCUCUAGCAAAAACCAGUUAUGUAAGUGAAACCAUGGUGGACCACCUCCUUGUAAGGAAUACCCAAAAUUUGCUGCUAUUGCUAGCAGGAAACAGUUAGCAUUAUGCAAAUGAGACUUGCUAACUGCUUCCAAGGAAUAUCCAGAAAUGCUAACAUCGCUAGGACCAGCUAGAAUUACGCCACUGCUGACAGCUUCUCAUUGGUCUGCAUUCAUUUCUAGCCAUGUUAGCAUUGAGGCUGAGGUAUUUCUUUAUGGGCUUUACCUGCAGGUGAUUCCAGAAGUAUUUUGCUAAUAUGGUUGUUUUGUUUGCUGCAUUUCUCAUUCACAUCUGCUUCAUAAACCGCCUUUACUUUUUAAUUUUUUUUAAUUAAAAUAUGAGUGACGUGAGGGGUGGGCAAAGUCUCUUUGAGGGACUUGGAGGAAAUGCCUGUAAGUUACUGAAGAAUUACAGUACAGCCAGAAGGGUGUGCGUGUGGGUGUGUGUGUGUUUCAUUUUGUUUUUUUUUUAAUUGAGAGUGUAUAUUUUCUGUUGUUAAAUGUUUGUCGGCUCGUUCAUAUUCCAGACUGUUCAGUGUUGUGUUUGCAAUCGCCUCCUGUUUUGAACUCAUAUUACAAAUUUACAUUGUUGUCAUUGUCAGUAAUAUUACUUUGUUUGAGCACAGAGGUGUUUGCCCCCUCUGCAGUGAUGUAAACCAAAUAAAUGUCUUUUUGUGUUGUAAAAGAUGCAAUAUACAUCACUGAUUUAUAACCAAGUUACUGUUUAUAUAACUUCCUUAGAUCCAGAAGUAGAAACAGUUUGAACUGCACUGAAAAGAAUCUGCACUGAAUUUACUUCAUUUAACUGUGUAUAUCACAUGCAUUAAUUAUUGAUGUAUUAAUUAUCAAAAGUGUGGACAGAAUUGGGCAUAUGGAUGAUUCUGCUGAACUGGUUUAAAGUCAGAGCUGGAACUCAUUUUGGACUUUUAACUGAUCUUGAACUUUAGACUAAAUCCUUUCGCUUUGAGUGACCCUAUACCUUAAUUAUGUUUAUUUUAUUAAAACGGAUGAUUGACCACUCCAUUUUGUCACUACCAAAACAAUCAUAACACUACUGACA